GUGAUGCGCGCGCUCGGACUCGCGCGGGUUCUGAUUUUACCGGUCAGUGGAGCAGUUAAACUAAAGACGAGCAGUUAACUAAAGUGAUGUGAAGUUGACAACGGACUCAAAUAAGGUUACUGCUGUAUGAAAUACCAACAUGGACGGCCAACCAGAAAUAGCAAAAGGCCUCAACUCCCCCGAACUCAAAAGAAACAAAGAAAUCCCUUUCGCGGACGAUUUCAUCGAACUUGACCAUGUCAGGCCAGGAGAACCAAUUCGACCAAAACGAGAAACCAAAGAAAUACAUGCUACCGACUUAGGAGAAGUACAUUCUUCACCAGACAGUGAUACUAUAGUAGUUAAUACACCUGAAGGAACACUUUAUAUAACUUUAGAACCAGAUUCAAGCAAAUCUAGUAGAGUUAAUAGUCCGAGCACGCAAUCGACUGAUCUCACGUCGCCUAGUACUUCUAAAGCUGCCGAAGAGUCUAUGGCUUUGAUACAGAAUGAGAAGGAUAUAGAAGCGGAACAGAGACGGGCGAAUUUGAGGAGGAAUUCGAUUUCGAUGCCGACGCUUCAGAAUUUGGAGUUAGAGGUGCUGAGGCAGCAGUAUCUACAGAAUCCGCAGGAUCAGAUUCCGGAGCACCAUCAGAGCUCAGCGUCAGGGUUCAGCGAUGGCGAUGGCGACGCGCAGGCAGACCACAACGAGACGGAAGAUGAUAGAGUCAAAGCACCGCUCCGCUCCCCACGCCGCAAGCGCCGCGGACGCAGCGAAUUCAGCAUGGACGACGAUGACUACUCACCGAACAACUCUGUCGUAUCCGUCAACUCAUUGGCUAGUCUGCUACGGGAAAAGUUGCAAAGCAUCCCUCAAAAGAUCCGCAAGAAGCCGACCGACUACAAGCUCCGCGCGUUCGUCGGUCUCAUGUUCUUAGCUGUUGUGUUCUUUGUCGGCUUCGCGUACGUGCUGUACCAUCAGCAGGCUAGUAGCCAGGCAUACUUCGACGCAGUGCAAUUCAACGAGCCGAAGAGGUUGCUGAGAAUUCAUAGUGCUGAUGACAAUGAGAUACUCAGGGCUAGUCUUGCGGUAAAUUUACCAGCCAAGCAGAAGGCGUUCCCCUGCCUACCAGCGCACCGUCGUGUAGGCUCCGAGUGUCUCGAAUGGCAACAGUCCGCUCGCUUCUACCUCAAGUGCCUGCCCCACGACCCUGGCUUAGAUAACACUACGUGCUACUCGGUUGAGUGGCAGGCGCUUCGUCAUGACGUCUAUCCCACCGACUGCUUUGACUGGAGCGAAACGAAAACCAACUGGUACGGCGGUGGACAAGCGUCCAACCUCUCUUGGCCUCUCAACAACGGAACCAUUGACUACACUCCCUUUAUCACCGGGAACAUACAGAAAUCACAGUUUGGAAACGUCCUCACCAGAUACCUUAUCAACUCUAAAGGUGCAGCCGUCAUUAUUGACGAAGAAACUCCAUUACAUAUCGCAAUCAAUAAAGGAAUCAAACAAAUAUGCAUCAAAGCACAGCAUGAUAACUUCGCAUACGCCAACAAACUCACAGAAUUCCCUGAGAUGAAGUACAACAUAUGCACUUCAAGAGACAUGAAAUCGUUGCAUUCUUCAAUACAUAAUCACCAAAGAGCGCCUUUGUGGGAUGGUCUCAAACCAGCAGAUAUGAUGACCUUGGAGUCUUUGAUAACUGAACCAGUCUGGCAAAUAGCGCCAAGGUUCAAGCAUGAACUGCAAGCAGAAACCAUUUCAAAAUACACCGAAGAUGUUAUUAAUCUAGGCUUCCUAAAACAAGGGCAUGUUUUGAUCAACGAAUAUUGGCAGAACGAGAUAGGUGAUCUAACUGUCGAUACGAGUAGAUUUGAAACCUUAAAUAUAACUGUAGAUAAACUACAUAGAAGAGGUUUUAAAGUAGCGUUCACGAUCCAGCCCUUCAUAAGCACGGAGAGUAAGAAUUUCGCUGAAUGUGUGCAAAAGAGACUGUUAGUUAGUGAGCGAGAAAGCGAUAGGAGAAUACCAGCCUUAACCAGAUUUAAAUCUUUAGCGAGCGCUGGCAUGCUAGACAUAACUAAUAACAGAACAGUUCCAUGGUUCACGGAAAAGAUUCAAGCUGUUAUAGACAAAUAUCACAUUGAUUCCUUCUACUUAGACCUAGGUACAGCCUACGAUAUGCCAAUGUACUAUCAAUGUGAAAAGCGAUUGAUUAACCCUGAUCAAUACAAGACCAUUUUCACGAAGACUUUUGAGAAAUCACUAAACAUAAUCGGAGUGUCAGGUGCCGUGUCGCUACCGAGACCGCCGAUCUUUGUGUCACUACCGCCUUUUGAGUCGACUUGGGAAGCGUUACGCUCGGUCAUACCGACGAUGCUGACUUAUGGCAUUAGUGGGUAUCCGUUCAUCAUGCCUGGAGCUGUGGGUGGAGACAUCUACUGGCCGGGUAGCGAACAGUUCCUGCCUUCUUCUAAAGGAUUAUUAGAGUCAAACGCAACAAGCACAGAAACCAAGAAGCUUCCAGAAGUGGAAUUAUACAUGCGCUGGCUACAGAUGGCGACGUUCUUGCCCGUGAUGAAGUUCACACAUCUUCCCAGCAAGUACAAUGAUGAGAAGGUGUUGGAGAUGGCGAAGAACUUGACCACGCUUAGGCAGAAGACGAUAACCCCUCUCCUCCUAAAAUACAAACGCGAAGCUCUAGAAGAAGGUUUACCUCUAAUUAGACCUCUAUGGCUGGUGACCGGUGGUGACCCCUUGCUGGUGGUAAAGGACGAGUUCGCGAUCGGAGACGACAUCGUGGUGGCUCCCGUUCUUUAUCCGGGACAGACUACUAGAGAAGUAUACCUCCCAGCGGGCCUUUGGGAAGACGGUAUCGACGGCUCCAUGCGCAAGGGCAGCCGCUGGAUGCACGAGUAUCGAGUACCUAUCAACCGCGUCGCCUACUUCAAACGGUUACCCAGCGAUUUGCGUUUUCGGUAGCCCUAUUUAAAGACAACUGAUUGCAGCCUUUAUGCUGUUAAAAUAAGGUUUAUUUUUGUCAGUUUAGAGACCCCACACACUAGUGUCUUUUGAGUUUCACUCGUAGUUGCGCCAACGUUGCGUCGAGCAGCAGCCAUAGAGUUAGAGUUGACUAGACGCCGUCACUCGCGAGACGCUAGUGUAAGGGCUAUUUUAACAACUACUUGCGUUGAGUUGACUUUACUUCGCGACAGUAAGCUUUACAUUGGUCAGUCUAUACAAAGCUGUUAGAUACAAGAGUACAGAGUGAGAUUUAAGUGCGUUUUUUGUCAAUUAUUGACGACCUCGUUGUGCUUUUCUUCGCUAUACUGCAACUUGAACAGCACUUUGUGAGAUAUGUCAGUGUCAAAUGUGACGUUUCUUCAAAUAAAAACGUCACUUUUCACACUGACACAUUUAAUCUAUAUCGUUUCUAGAUCUUUUAAUUGACGUAUCUUAAAGUACGAAUCGGGCCGAUUGAAAGAUGUUGAUGUCUCAUCUCCUACACUGCCAAUUGUGUAAAAAUGAAAUGCAAUGCUCUUGUAUUGCAUAAUCAAAGUAAUUUAUAUCUAUUUAUAUUUAUAAUCCUCAAAGUAAUUUGUAUUACUUAAUUAGGUUCUUGUAAUUUACCUCUUUCUGUACUUUCAUUUAAAUUGACUUACACAAAAAUUUAAACUCUAUUAAGGUAAGUUAUGCCCAUGUUGACAAUUUAAAAUAUCGAUCAUAUUGAUUACUAAAUUGUUACGAGUUGAUACACGAUUAGCUGUAUAAUAGGGUCAUUGCGUCAAUUAACCGUCCAGUGCCUGUUUCCGUCCACUUGGAGUAGUUGCCACAAAUAUUUAUUGUGUAUAAUUAGAAGAAUUUUAAGAAUUCAAGAAUUGCGUAUAAUUUCAAUAUAUAGGUAGGUCGCAGACGUAGGGGUCUGAUUGUUUUAUAUUAAAAUUAUACACAAUUCUUUGUGGCAACUACGCCUAAGUGGACGGAAACAGGCACUGGACGGUGAACUGACGCAAUGACCAUAUAUAUAGUUCGCUCAAGAUUAAGGCUACAAAUCGGCAUGGACACACCUCGCUUUAAACAAGACAAAGACGUGGCAAGACACUAUUGACAAUGGCAAUUAAUAUUAAAUAAGUCCGUCCACAACGAAUGAUAUUCGACAAAUUAUUCGUGUCACCCUGUAAGUUGUGGUAGGUACCUACUUGAGGGGUAGGUAUUCUAUUUUUAAAAUCUGUUAAGGUUUUAAUAAUGAUACGAUACAAUCGCCUGCGCCUAUUCGUCCGCGCGAAAUUCACUGCGAGUUGUUUCAUGAUAGUUAUGACAGUAGUUAUUGUUGUUAUCAAAUUGUUAUGACAUAACAAUAACAAAUCAAGGUGAGAAUUUUAACUUUAAUUAGUCAACAGUCGUACUUGUCACGUUACUACCUUCGUCGUUGUAUUGGGGGUUAGCAUAUUUGAUAGUCAUAAGAUUUUUUCGAUCAUAUUCUUCUGUAUCUUCUAGUCUUUAU